AUGGACAAGAAGGCAACUAAAAAAUUUUUUAAAAAAUUAAAAAUCCUUUCUUUUAAAGGCAUUCCUUUAAAUAUAAAAAUGACACCAAUGUCAACAGGUCGCCGUAUCCUUUCGGAAGGCGAAAAAGAACAAAUAAUAUUUCCGCCUUCCCAAAACAAUGAAAAUGAAAUUAUUGAAAAAAUACAAAAAAGGGUUAAAAAUAAAGAAAAUUUAAUAGAAGAGGAAGAAAUUGAAGAAGAAAAGGAAGAAAAAUCUUUUUGUAAGGAUACCCACGAACUUUGUUGUUUUUGGGCGGUAGCUGGUGAAUGUAAUAAUAAUCCGUUUUGGAUGAGGGUAAAAUGCCCUAUGACAUGUGGAACGUGUGGGUGUAAAGUCAAAAGUGCAAAUAAAUGUAAAUCAACUGGAAUCAAAUGUAUUUUGCCUACCACAACAACCACCACAACAGAAGCAACCACUUCCACAACUUCAACAAGUACAUCAAGAAGUACCCCACCCUCAACAAGUACACCAACUCCCCCUCCUUCCACUUCAACCACACCUUCGAAUAGAAGAAGACCCCGUCCAACACCUCCCCCAAAAAUGCCUGGACAUCGUCCACAGAGGCCGAAGCAAUCCAAAUCUACAAGUACAACCACAAUACGCCCAAAAAUUGUUAGUCAAGAGAAAGAAUAUCCACCCCUUAUAGCCCCCUUUAUUUCUUCGUUUGGUGAUGGUGGUGGUGGUGGUGAUAGUGAUAAAAAUGAUAAUUUUGAUAAUUUAUUUAAUCGUGAUUAUUCCGAGGAAGUAGAAGAACCCCGAAUGGAAACAACUUUAAUUCCUUUUAAAAAACACUCAAUUACUUUUACUCACUCAACUCAGAUUUAUGAAGAAGAGGAUUUUAAUAGAAAUGAAAAGAAGCUUAAAGAGGGCGAAAAGAGGCUCCUAUACAAAGGAUCCCGUGUCGAUCCUUUUAUGUUACGAUCCUUUGUAGGGACACGCGAAAAGAAGAAGAAAAUUAAUUUGAAGGAUAAGGUUUUUAAAAAUUUAAAUUUUUUUGUUUUUUUUGUUUCUUGGCGUUUUGUUUUUUGGCGUUUUUUUGGUUUUUGA